AUAUGCUGCAGUGAAGGACUGUAAAAAGUGCAUAAGCACAGUCAUGUCUGUAGGAAAAAGCGCUUGAAAUCUAUCAAGUUAGAGCAGAAUCAGCUCUCUCUGGUAUUUGGGAGGAAAUCCCCCACCUGCCCAUCAGUUUUACCCAAUAGAUGAAAGAGGAAUGAAUAUAGAUCACGAACAAUGAAAUAAGUUGCAGUUCAGAAUGAAAGUUUUUAGUAAUGAAGAUAUUCCACCUCACACUUUUAAAUGCUUUUUAAUAUCUCCUUCUACAAAUUUUCCACUGGCAGCUGGGAUGCAGGCAUUGCCACACUGAGGUGACAUCUCUGGAUGUGUUCCAGAGUGUAAAUGUGGCACUGAGGGACAUGGGUUAGUGGUCAUAGUGGGGAUAGGUGAUCUUAUUGUUCUUUUCCAACCUUAAUGACAAUAUGAUUCUAUGUCAAAACAUACUCCCAGAAGCACAGUUCCCCACAGCCAUACCUUGCAGGGGCUGCAAAACAGCCUGGAGCAUGAAGGGCAUGGGACCCAGGCACAAAGGGAAGAAUGAAUGACCUCCUGAGGUGAUGAUGUGUUUUACUUCCCACAGCCAUUUCUGACUAUCACCUUUACUCUGAGUGCCAAGUCCUGGUAACACUGCUGUGCAGUGGCCUCCUCUUGCCUAUUUUGCAGAGGGGAUGUACAAUCAAAGGGCACUUGUCAAGAGAAAAGGCUUUUUUUUUUUUUCUUCGCUUAUCUCCCAACAUCUCCUGUGCCUCAUAAGCUUGCAGGCUGUGGUUAGCUGUUUGUUUCUCCCCCUUGCUUUUCCAUCCUGUGAUGCUAUGCUAGAAACAUGGGGUGGAUGCACUGUGGAGCGGCACUGCGACUUAUAUACAUGUGUGUUCCUCCAUGUUGGUGUCAUAUGCUCACUUCUUGACACAGACACCUCUUUUAGGCCACUGUUUUUAUCAUUGUUGCCAUCACUGUUGCUGCUGAAGUGACCGCAUGAUCCAAGGCCUCCACAAACUUGCUGUUCACAGUAAAAAUGACAGCAAUGACUGCUCUGCACAUCAGCCUGUGCCAAGAACUAAGCCUGCCCAAAUGACCUUAUUUGCAGGAAGGGUGAAUUUAGUGGAAAUGCUAAGUCAGGGCUUGAAGCAGUGAUUGAGCACCUGGUGGGUGCUCAACCCAGGGGACUCAGGUGCAAGCAAUGUACUUGAGUGACCAGAAGGCGGAGGCAGGAUCCACCCCUUCCCAGAACUCAUUUAAGGGCUGGAAGUGGAGGUGAGGGUAUCUCAUCUGGAGAACUUGUCUAUUUGAGGAUCUUGAAGGUUUUCUAAAGGUACCAGUACCAUAAAUAUUUACAAGGCAGUGAAUGAGACAGCUCUACUCAGUUUCACUGCUGAAAACACACACGAGACAUUGUGGAGCAGAGGCAAUGAAAGGCUGCUUCAGAUGAAAGACAAAAAAAUUAAGUAUUACGUGGAGAAGACGCAGUGUAGGUGCAAGGUGCUCCUCAAUGGGACUCUCCGAAUAGAGCGACUGGUGAAAGAAGACAGUGGGAUAUACAAGGUGUCUGCUUAUGACAAGAAUGGAAAGCUGAAGGCAAAUGAAACAAUAGUGCUCAUCAUUUUGGAGCCUGUCCCUCAGCCAAUCCUCAAUGCUGAAUGCAUUAAUAAAACCCUAUAUGUGAAAUGUACAGUGAAGAAAACUGAGGACCAAGUGUUUACAAUAGAAUUGACUCAAGGUAAAAUCAAUAAAUCCCAAACGAAUGUAACAGAGGUGGAAUUUACUACUCAACACAGUGGGAUAUACAGAUGUACUGUUAAGAACCAAGUCAGCAAAAAAACAACUGAGAAGGAAAUCAAGUGUCCAGGCCAGCUGAACCUCUAUCUCAUCUCAUGCAUAGCAGGAGGUGCAGUAUUCUUUGUCGUCUUUGUGAUUUUGCUUAUUUAUUGCAUCAAGAAGAAAAAAGCAGAUAGGCUUGUAGAUGAUGAUGAGGAAAGGAUGCAGAUCCACCAGGUGGACAAAGAGAUGGCAAUGAGGAAGCUCCCUCAACCACCAUCCAACCCUACCCCCCAGCAGACCUGUGUGCAGCAGAUGCCUCCUCCACAGCCACAUGCACAGCAGCGAGCAGUGCCUCCACAGCCUAAGCCACGUACCCACCUGCAGGCCCCGAGCCAGCUGAGAGAGAGGCACUGAGUGCCUGUCCUGGGGAAUGGAGGGCUCUUAUGCAAGAAGAAAGUUUACAGUGGUCAGGAACUCCUCCCACCCAGGCUUGUGUAGCACUCAGCUAUGGAGCUGCAGAAGAUUAGGGAGAGCAUCAAGUAACUGGAGUAGAAGAGACACAGUGGAGGAGACUGAAGAUGAGAUCUGGAGCCUUUUUUCUUCAAGUGACUCUAUACUAAGGUAUAGAGUACUGACACCUGCGUCCUUCUGUGGUUCACUUGUUUUCACUGCACGUUGUUGUUGUCUUGCUUUCCAAAAAGUGAGAGCCUUACUGAGACACUGUGGGCUUGUGGAUCUUACCUGCUUUAUCACAUAGCUUUCCAUUCUCUUGCUGUGUAUUAGAACAGCCCUCUGGUUUUGACAUCAGAUGCAUGAUCUCUUAAAAAGAACAAUCUGUAUACAAUUAAUAACUGGUCUGAUGCUGGAAGAACUGGUGCUGUCCAACAGAGGACAAUAAACAGAAGGGAGAUGUGAUGGACUUGAAGAAUGUAAGUGGAAA